GCGCGAGAUAACGUGUAGCUGUGUACAUAGAAGUGCGUGUUUUGGAAAUGGAAUCUUCAGUUAAAUUAUUAUUGCACAUUUGGACCGUAUUACAGUUAAUGUGUGUUUACAACACAAAAAAUAUCAAUGAAGAUGAAACGUCGAUGGUUGGUGUUAACUCUUAUGGAGGAUAUAAUCAUACCGCCAAAACCUACCCUGGUUACGGAACGGAGUGGGUUUACCUCCCAGACGGAGAUGGCGUACCUCACUUCGUUAAUUUGAUCAACACGACUGAUCGGAGACCGUUACGUGUUGGUCAAACUAUGUAUAUUCAAUACAGAUUAUACAUCAGGGGAUUAUCCAACUACAUACAACUAAACGCAUCAGCACAACAACCUAACCGUAGAAACAUUACCAGACUGUUGUCUAACAAACCUGUAAAAUUGGUAACACACGGCUGGAUGGCAUCUGCUGAAGACGGCGUGGUGAUGAACCCCAAGAAUGCUUACUUGAAAAAUAAAGAUGUGGCAGUAAUAGCAGUCGACUGGAGUGAUACGGCGAAGGACUAUAACUAUCUGUUAGUAGCGAAGAGCAUAGGAGAAGUAGGGGCACGUGUUGGACAAUUUUUAGAUGUGUUCUGCGAACUGUAUAAUAUUUCCGGCGACAGAUUGCAUUUAAUCGGACACAGCCUAGGAGCACAUCUGAUGGGUAUUGCUGCGUCGAAAACUAAUGUGACAGUAGGAAGAGUAACCGGCCUUGAUCCAGCACGACCUCUCUUCGAGUAUCCAAAUAUACUGAAAUCGUUGUCCCUGACCUCAUCAGUUGCGGUGUUUGUGGACGUGAUACACACGUGUGGUGGAGCCCUGGGCCUCCAAGAUAACAGUGGCCAUGCUGAUUAUUACCUCAACGGCGGUAAAUCACCUCAACCUGGUUGUGACAGUGGUGACAUUCCAGAGCCAUGUAGUCAUUCGAGAGCCCACAUCUAUUUUUCGGAAUCCAUUGAUAAUCCUACUGGUUUUCCUGCUUGCCGAAGCAAUAAUUGGACGGAAUAUUUAAAUAGCACUGAAUGUAAACAGCAGACAUAUAUGGGAGAGAAUGCCGAACGAAAUUCAAAAGGGCAGUAUUACUUAAAAACAAAUGCAAUAGCACCCUUCGCUACUAAUAAUCAAAACUCUGUGAGAUGUAAAUAAAGACAUUCUUAGACAUCGCGAGCUUGUUUCCAAGAACAAAUUCUUUAAAGAAUACAAUUAUCGAACCUACAAAAUGAAAAUGUAAUCAGAAUCAUUUAUUUAUUGUAUCCAUGGUAUUUACAAAGGUGUUUAGAAAAGUUUAAUUAAGUACCGUAGACCGGGGUAACUUUGGAAAAUUUGGGGUUACUUUGAUAGAUUUAAAACGGUCAUAGAAUUACCAUUAUUCAUUAUUUACUGAAAAUGUUCCUGUAACUAGUUAGAUUACUAUAUAUUCAUAUUCACCUACUGUAAAAAAUCUCGAUAAAUAUAUAUUAUGGCUUAAAAACUAGAAUUUUAAAGUCGCCCCUGCAUUUGAAAGUCACCCCGGUCAAUGGUACAGCAUGGACCCUACAAGGGCGUGGCAACAUAUUAUACGUACAUAGGGUACAACAUACUUUGCUAUGGCACAUAAUAAGUAGGAUUAUAAUACAAACAGAAAAAAAAAUUAAACAUUCAAAUAUAGCUUUACGUCAGUAGAGAAGAGCGGCAAGUUUAAAAAAGUACCUACCACUGUAUACUGUACCUAAAUGCCUAAAUUUCUAUUACUUAAAAUUCGCACCAUACGC